CUCUCUUUGUUCUUUCUCCAUUGCCGUUGAGCUUCAUCAUACACACAGAAGAUUGCUAGCGAGAGAGAAUCUUUGAAUCAAUGAAGAGACAGAACAGUCAGUUAUCGUCAACUUCCCGCCGGGAUCCUCCACCGGAAAGUCUUCGAGCUAAGAGCAUCGGUUGCAUGUCCGGCAUUAUUCAUCUUCUCUCCAAGUACCAGAACCGUCACAAGAAAUCCCUCACAUUCGGAAAGAGUAAGCAGGAGAAGGAUAUUAUUGUGUUUUCUUCUUCUUCACCUAAUUCCGAUCAAACCUUAGUCUCGGCUGCCUGUGUAUCUCCGGCUACUCCGCCGCCACAGAGACAACGAAGGUCACGAAAUGAAAAUAAUAGAGAAGGAAAAGGAGCGGAGGUUGUUGAUUUCAGCCGGAGAAGAAUCUCCUGUGAUUUACCGACGAGGAGUCCGACGCUUUCGGCAGAGAUACGGCGAUCGAGUUCCGUAAACUCGCCGACGAUGAUCGGAAAAUCUCCAGCGCUGGUAGCGCGAUUGAUGGGACUGGAACCGGUGCCGGCGGAAGAAACGUCAAGCGAGAAGAGGAGGAAGCUUUUGGGAGCGUUGGAGAAAUGCGAUAAUGACUUGAAAGCUCUAAAGGAGAUUAUCAUGGCUUUUCGGUCACCGGAGAGUCAUCCACCGUCGGCAACGAUUGCCGGAAACUGCCUGAAUCGAGACGAAGAAGUACGGACGAUUUCAGGGCGGAAGUUUAGAGACUGUAACUGUGGCGUUGACGAGAAGCAGCAGCAGCAGCAGCCACCGCAGCCUUGCAGUCGAUUGCAUCUGAACAGAAUCAACCGUACAACCAAAGGGCGUGAAAAUGGUGGACAAGAAAUAGAGGAAGAGCCAAAGAAGAAGAAUCCAGGAGCAAUUGAGGAGGACAGAAUCUCCAUAUCUUCCUUAAACCCAUGCAUUACCAAAUUACAGGAACGGAUCAUAAGGUUGCAGCAGAUCAGUAGCAUUCAAUUAGAAACAAAGGCAUCAUCAAGAAUAAUGGAGAAUAUGAACUUGAAGAAGACGAAGAAGAAGCAGGAAAACGAUGAUGGUCAGCCAUUAACAUGGAGAAGCAAGACCAUGGGAGAGAGCUUGGAAGAAAUCUCAAAGGAAAUCUCGUGGGGACUCAAACAUGAAAUGGUAAAAAUAGGUAUGGCUUUACAAAAUCACAUUUACAAAGAUUUGAUUGAUGAGAUGCUCACUGAUAUUAUGCCUUUUUCUUCUGUUUAUUCCUCCUUUCUCAUCCCCUUUGAUUCUUCUAUCCCUCCAUUUGAAGCAUGUAGGAGAAGACUGCGUUUCUAGCCUAGCUAAUUGCUUUUCUUUUUCUUUACGUACAAAAAUUUAUUUAUCUGUUCAUACUUUCCACUACUUCUCAAGAAAUUAUAAUGAUCUCCCUCUAGAAAUUUAGUUCAUUUAUGGUUUUCUUCUUGCUUGUACAUGUAGCACAUUUUCAUUCUGGUCCUGUAAAAUAAUAUUAUAUUUACAUCUUAA